GUAAGUUUAAACUUAGUCAACCUCAAAAUAUGGAUAACCUAGUAGAAAAAGUAAAUGAGAGUUUAUAUAAAGCAUUAGACCAUUAUUGGAACGCACCUCUUGAUUGUUCUUUAAUUGCAAUGUUACUUGAUCCAUGUUGUAAGUCAAUGAAAAAAUUAGAUAGUUGGGAACGUGAUAAGGCUAUUGAUCUUUUGCGAGAAAAAUAUGAUUUACUUAGCAUUAGAAAUGAAAGUAUUACUAACUUGGUAAAUGUAGAGCAAAAUGAGCCUUUUUUCAAUAAUGUUUGG